CUUAUCAAGGCUUCGCGUCCGCUCACUUGGUUUGAAGUUGUUGUUUACUCCACUGCAAGCCCUCUUUUCAUAGAGCUUCCCUUGAGUGGUUUGUGUGUGUCCAUACUCUUGUCAUUGUUUCCGUCAAGCAGUCGUUACUGUCGUGUUGCAGCAAACCCUGAUACAUACGGGUGUCCAUUUUGUUUAUCAGUUACUUCGAUCGUCCUUUCCCAUAUCUUCAGGAUGGAGGCACGAUCCAUCCACUCCGUAGCGACAUCUCGUCGUCCCUCUUUCGACGAAAGUCGUUCUUACAACCGCUCGAGCGGCUCACGAUAUGACUCAAGAAGGUUGACGCAGAAGAUCGACGAAGAUGCGCGGUAUCGUGCUAUAAUCAAACAUCUCCACGCAAAAGCAUGCUCCAUGCACUGGACUAUUCCCGGCCCUCUGCCCCCAGGAAUCUGUGCAGGCGUUCUCAUCCGCAAAUCGCCCACCUCCUUCGUCAGCGAGCCUUCCCAAGUAGACCCCGACCUCGUCAACGCCGUGGCAAAGAUCAACCCAGGCGUAGCCCUGACCAUGUGCACGGAAGGCACCUCCGCUGUCUUCGAUGUCCUGGAUCAAUCCGAAACACGCCUCCUCUUCCCCAACGGCUCACAGGUCCAGAUCUAUGACAGCAUGGCUGAGAUUUCGACGUCGAGCACGAUCAAGAAGUUUCAGUAUGCAGCGCUUGUGAGGAAGGAGAGAGUGGUGCUGGUUUGGCAUGAUGACUUGGGGGCGAUCUUGAAUGUGGCGAUGGAGGUUGAGAGUAAGAUGCUGGCGUUGAUUUGGGGAAGUAGUAAGAAUCCAUUUGGGGCUUCUACGAAUCCUUUCUCAACGGAGAACAACUCCGUGUAUAUGGCGAGUGAGGUGGACAUAGGUAUGGUGGAGAAGAGCCAGGAGGUUGAGGUUGGCGUUGGUGAAGUUGAUCGAAAUGGUGAUGAGGAAAUGGGACCAAGGGAGUCGCUUGCGAGACCGCUGAUUCUUACGAGUUCGUUGUUUGUGGGGCUUGCGUUUAUGGCGAUCAUCCUACUUGUUUUCGGGUUGGGAAAUCGUGCGCUUGCGUUGCAGACUGUCACGGAUGGUUCAAUGUUGCGGCUCGCCUUGAUCGCUACGGAGCCGUUGCUUCUGUUGUUCGGUCUGUUCUUCGUUGUUACAGUUUUCAGCAACAUCUUCCAGAUGAUCGGACCCAUUACGAGUAUCAAGACGAACUCACGGUUCUACUCUGCCAUCAAGCCGAACCUCAUGCAGGCGCGCUCGUUGGGAUUCCGUCCUCCUCCCAUCACCAUUCAGAUGCCUAUCUACACCGAGUCACUGGAGGGUGUCAUCAUUCCCACCGUCGCCAGUCUGAACGCCGCCAUAUCGUACUAUGAGUCCCGUGGCGGCACCGCACGCAUCUUUGUCAACGACGAUGGCAUGGCCGUGCGCAGCGCUGAGGACAACAAGAAAUUCAUUGAAUUUUUCGAAAGCAACAACAUCGGCUGGGUAUCUCGCCCAAAGCACAACACCGACGGCUUCGUCCGGAAGGGAAAAUUCAAGAAGGCAUCCAACAUGAACUUUGCCCUCAACAUUUCAAACAGAGUCGAAGACGUUUUGCAAGGGCUCGUAACGCCUCGUCUCGAAAAAGAUCAAUACAUCACCGAAGACGAGGAAGAGACACUCUACCAACAAGCAUUGGCCGAAGUAUUGGAGAGUGACCCUCGCGCUAAAGCUGGUGGAAACAUCCGCAUGGGAGAGAUCAUUUUGAUUGUCGACUCCGAUACACGUGUGCCCGAAGAUUGCCUCAUCUACGGCGCCGCCGAAAUGUACCUCUCUCCUGAAGUCGCCAUCAUUCAGCACAGCACCGGUGUGAUGCAGGUCACACAAGAUUACUUCGAGAACGCAAUCACGUACUUCACGAACCUCGUCUACUCCGCCAUCCGUUUCUCCGUGGGUAGCGGCGAAGUAGGCCCGUUCGUAGGACACAAUGCGUUUUUGAGGUGGCAAGCGGUGCAGAGCGUUGCUAACCCACCCGAAGAGGAUGGGUACGUGGCAUUUUGGUCGGAAUCUCAUGUGAGCGAAGAUUUCGACAUUGCAUUGAGGUUGCAGAUUAAAGGCAACAUAGUGCGGUUGGCGAGUUAUCACGGCGAGGGGUUCAAGGAGGGUGUUUCAUUGACGUUGUAUGAUGAAUUGAACCGAUGGGAGAAGUAUGCAUAUGGAUGCAACGAACUGGUUUUCAACCCCAUUUAUACGUGGCUUUGGAGAGGUCCAUUUACAAAGCUCUUCCGGACGUUUCUUUGGUCGAACAUGCAACUUUCGUCCAAGUUGACCAUCGUGGGGUACAUCUCAUCUUACUAUGCCAUCGCAUCCUCCGUCCCCUUCGGUAUCCUCAACUACUUCCUCAUCGGAUGGUUCAACGGCGACCUAGACAAGUUUUACGUCGAGUCGUGGAAGAUCUUUGUUUCACUUCUCCUCGUCUUCAAUGUCAUGUCCAACAUCUCUUUGGCCCUCCUCCGUUACCGCCUUGGUGAAAUGCCGCUUAUCAAAUCUGUCCUCGAGAAUUUUAAAUGGCUUCCCUUCUUCAUCAUCUUCUUCGGCGGACUCUCCUUCCACAUCAGUUUGGCUAUCCUCUCCCACAUGUUCAGCAUCGAUAUGAACUGGGGCGCGACUGCAAAGGAAAAGACAGACUCGAAUUUCUUCAUGGAGAUUCCCAAGAUCAUGGCACGUUUCAAGUGGAUGUAUAUGGUGAUGGUACCGGUCAUUGGCGGCAUGGUGUAUCUGGGUUGUUUUGCGCCUCACGGGUGGGAGAUUAAUGGGUUCACCAGUGUGGUGCCCAUGUCGAGUAUUGUUAUCAGUCAUUGCUUGUUUCCGUUCGCGCUAAAUCCAUCAUUGAUGGUAUUCAACUACUAG